GACUCCACGGGCCGCGCUGAGCCGAGGCUGUCCGGGAGCAUGUGGGGGGCCCGCGCGGCGGCGAGCGCGGCUCUGCCGUGGUGCCGUUCCCUGCGCAGCUCCGCUGCCCUGGGCGGUUCCAGGAACCUGCUAAAGAAGAUGCUCCACAAAAAGAAGUACGUGCUGUGGCGGCUGGCGCGGUGAGGCAGUCCUGAGUUGGGCGGGUUUCCUCCGCGCGCUGCUCCUGGCUUGGGCGGGCUGCGAAUGUAGGACCGUGGUAAAGGUGCCUCAGUGUACCAGGUGUCUUUGAGCCGUGCGGGAACGUUCGUGGUUUUAUUCUCUUCCUCCACCCCUCCCUGCCUCUCCGAUAAACUUGUGUGGAUGGGCAGCAUUGCUGACUGCAUGUCACCCGAAUGUGUAAACAAUGUGUGGGACGCUGGGAGCUGGUGGGUAUGGAACCAGCAGCUGGAAGAAGUUUUGGUAUGUUAGCCCUACAUUGGGAUCUAAAAUGAUAUAUGAGCCUACCAAGUUGGCUGCUACAAAGAAAGCUGAUCAGACAAAAACUAGAAAAGAAGAUACCAUACGCUGCAAAGUCUUGAAUGGCCUUAUUCAUAAAGCUGUGACAGAGAUGAUGAGUAGCUGUGAAAUUAAUAAAGAGGUUUAUGACCUCAAGUUGGAAAUCUGCAAGGUGUCCCUGGCAUCAAACUUUUCAGCAUGUCGUGUGUACUGGAAUCCUGCUUCUACUAGCAUCAGUGAUAAUUACGUUGAAGGGGUACUGCGGAAAAGUGCUCCACGUAUACGGUAUCUUCUAAUGAGUCAGCAAAUUCUGGGAAAUGUACCCCCAGUAGUAUUUGUAAAAGACAAAGAAGCUGCAGCUGUAAAAGAGAUUGAGGAAUUAUUGGCUGUUGCUGAUUUUGGACCUCAAGAAGAAGAAAUAUCUCAAAAUGAUUCCAGUGAAUCACUCUCUUCAGCAACUCAAUCUUCAGAUUCGCCUAUCCGGUCUAAUCUUUUUGGUAUUGAUCAUGAUCUUCUGAAUAAGCAGAUAAUGGAAUACAAGAAACUGAAGCUGUCAAGAAUUACAGAAAGUGUUCCGUGGACACAAAGCCAGAGGCAGCAGCUGUCUAAGAUUCAAAAGAAAAUGAAAAAGAAAAAAACAAAGAAUACCCCUGAUGAUGACAUUACACCACAGAAAUACUUACUGGACAGAUAUGAAGCUGAUUACUUCAGUGAUAACACUGAAUCAAUCUCAGACUAUGAGCUGGAGGAUGAAUUACAGGAGGUAGACGAACUAGAGGCAAAUGAUGGCAAAACUCAAAGUCAGCCUACCAUUAAACUGAAAUGAGGUGGAAGAAGUUGCUCCCUUUAACACUGAGAAUGCCAAUGGCACAUAAAAGACUGUCACAGCUACUGAAAGAUCAGUUUUCUACCUCCUGUUUACCACUGUCUCUUUCAAACUUGCAGGUCUGCCACCCAUGGUGUACUACUGUGUUGUAUAUUAGAAAAAUGAAAAUGCUGUUUGUAACAAACUGCUAAGCAGCUUUAAAGCAGCUGUAGUUGGAAGAAUCUCAGCUGGAGAGCAGUUUUCUAAUAACAAAACAUAGUGCAGCAGUGUGAGCUAAAUCUUCUUGCAGUUUUGUUAUUUCCAAUAAAAUUAUUGUUUCUAUGCUGAAAUGUUUUUUCAAAAUAAUCUGGAUAAAAAUAAUCACAAAGUGAUGCUCUCUGUUAUUCUAGGGUCAGAAAGGAGGAAGAAAAUGAAAUAAUGAUGGUAGUGUUCAAAGAACAGUGUUUAGCAUGUGAAGACCAGAGCAGGAUGCUCUCUAGAGCUAAUCUAAUGGACAGACAUGUUCCACAAGAAGGUGAACCUGACUGAGGUUAUGGCUAAUAAAGAUACAACCCUGAAAGAAAAUAUAUUUAUGUUAGUAUUCAAAAGUUUACAGUUGUGCAAGGAGAAUUUUAACCAGAAAAUAAUGGAGAAUUCAUCUGUUGUGAAGAAUUGGGCAAAGCAUUGUCCAUGGCUAAAAAAAUGUACUGCAAUCUUGAAGGUGGGGAAAAAAAAAAAAAGCAGAAAGAAAGAGUGCCCCAGUAAGAUUUGGAAAUGGAUAAAACUAUAAGAAGUGAAUAUAAAAUUCUCUGGCUAAAAGCAAUUACAAAAUAGUGGCGCAAGUAUAUAAAGACAAAAUGGUUGAAGCUUCAAAAUAAGUUAGAACUAACAAGGUAGUAAAAAAGAAUUCUACCAGAAAUAAGAAAUGUUUAAUUCUAUUAGUUAAUGGGGAAGUAAAGAAAGAGUGCAGAGAAGGCUGUGCUGCAGUAUGUUACUUAUAAGCUCCUUUUGAGCAGUCAAAGUCUAGAGCCUUCUCUUCUUCAGCCUGAACUAGCCCAGCUCCCUCAGCCUUUUUUCAUAGGAGACAUGCUCCAGCCCUUUUGGUGGCCUCCUCUGGACCCAGUCCAACAGUUCUACAUGUUUUGGUACUUGCUAAUGAAUUAGUUUUUAUAUUGGUACUUAAUUUGGUACUUGUUAAGUGAAUCCACUUAAGUCUUCUAGUUUCUGCUGUAUAAAAUGAAGGUAUGUCUCGACUGCCCAAUAAAGUAAAACAUACAACCUG